UGUUGGUUUGAAGCUAUUAACUAAUAAGCCAUUCCUUGCUCUACCUCGAGGAAAUCUCACCUUGCUUUAAUUCUUUUCGAUAUUUCAUAAAACAACAUGAUACCCAAACAAGACAUACAAGACAUAUAUGCUGCUGCUUUAAUUUCCCCCCUUUUCCUCUUCCCUUGUACAUUGCUUAAACAGAAGGGUCUCGUCUCAUCUCUAUUUCCAUUUAUAUUCCUUCCCGUUAAUAGAUUAUUAGGUACUGGGGAGCAAAAUCUCUCUCAUGUUUUCGUACAUUUCAAUUUCCAUUUAUUCACCUUUUUUUUUCUAUAUUUUAUACUCUAGAUAAUCUAGCUGAAUUAAUUCUGCUCGGUGCUAUUAAACUUCGGCUCUGAAUAAUAAUCUGAUUGUUCAAUCAACCGCUUGUGAGAAGAACCAAAUAAGACGGUUGUCAUAGUGCUUAGCAAUUUACUGAAUUUAGAAAUGAUGGUGGCAAGUGAGCUACAAGGACUUUCCAUGUCCCUGGCUUCAAAGAAGCCAACCUUCCACCGUGACAAGGAUUUGUCUUCCUCAUUCUCUGGUAGGAGAGUGAACUUGCUUCAAUCAAAGAAUGUAGUAUCUGGUUUUCGUCCGGGAAAAUUCUUUAGUGUCACACACAGAAACACAACCAGAAGAUUUAUGACUAUGUCUACUCUUGCAGAUGUUGCAAAUGACUUUAUGUCCCUUCAAUCACCGAUACUUACAGGAAGAGAAGCCAACCCAAAGACUGUUGCAUCGAUCAUAUUAGGCGGAGGAGCUGGAACUCGUCUGUUCCCCCUUACUCAAAGAAGAGCUAAACCUGCUGUACCAUUUGGAGGAUGCUAUAGACUAGUUGACAUACCGAUGAGUAAUUGCAUUAACAGUGGAAUUAACAAAAUUUACGUCCUCACUCAAUAUAACUCUCAGUCCCUCAACCGACACAUUGCUCGAACAUAUAAUUUAGGAGGUUGCAUCAACUUUGGAGGUGGUUUUGUUGAGGUAUUGGCUGCAACUCAAACACCUGGUGAAUCAGGAAAAAAGUGGUUUCAGGGUACAGCCGAUGCUGUAAGACAAUUCCUUUGGUUGUUUGAGGACGCUGAUCACAAAAAUAUAGAGAACGUUCUGAUAUUGUGUGGUGAUCAGCUCUAUCGAAUGGAUUACAUGGACAUUGUGCAGCAGAAGCACGUUAAUUCAUGUGCUGAUAUAUCAGUAUCUUGUCUCCCAGUGGAUGGCAGUCGGGCCUCUGAUUUUGGAUUGGUGAAGGUUGAUGAAAGAGGACGGAUAUGCCAGUUCUUAGAAAAACCUAAGGGCGAAUUGUUAAGAUCUAUGCAUGUAGAUACGAGUAUUUUUGGACUAUCAGCUCAAGAAGCAAGAAAAUUUCCAUACAUCGCAUCAAUGGGUAUAUAUGUGUUUAAAAUAGAUGUUCUGCUAAAAGUUCUCAGGGGCUGUUAUCCUAAUGCAAAUGAUUUUGGAUCUGAGGUCAUUCCCUUGGCUGCAAGAGAUUUUAAUGUCCAGGCAUGUCUUUUCAAUGGUUAUUGGGAAGAUAUUGGGACUAUAAAAUCUUUCUUUGAUGCGAACUUGGCUCUUAUGGACCAGCCGCCCAAGUUUCAGUUGUAUGACCAGUCCAAGCCUAUUUUUACUUGUCCUCGCUUCCUACCACCAACUAAAAUGGAGAAGUGUCAGGUAAUUAACUCUUUGAUUUCAGAUGGUUGCUUUUUGAAAGAGUGCACAGUACAACAUUCCAUUGUGGGAAUUCGAUCACGACUUGAUUCUGGAGUGCAGAUAAAGGAUACCAUGAUCAUGGGUGCUGACUAUUACCAAACAGAAGCUGAAAUUGCUUCCCUUGUAGCAGCGGGAAAUGUUCCAAUAGGCAUUGGGAAAAAUACAAAAAUUGUGAAUUGUAUAAUUGACAAAAACGCAAGAAUUGGAAACAAUGUAAUUAUUGCAAACAAAGACAAUGUGCAGGAAGCAGACAGAGGAUCAGAGGGGUUUUAUAUUCGAUCAGGAAUCAUUGUGGUGUUAAAAGACUCUGAAAUAACCAAUGAUACAAUCAUUUAAUCAUCACUUCAAUUUUUCACUCAGAAUAAAGGGCUAGCUCAACCAUCAAUUUUUGAAUCUUCUUCGAUCAUGGGAAUCAAACAAACUACACAUUUAUUUCACUUCCUUCAACAUUUUUGUUGGCUCAUUCAACAGAACAGCCAACAAAAUCAAAUUCUUUCUACACCUUUAUUUGUAUGGCUGAUAUAAGCCAAAAUGGUUAAAGAUUAGUUGAGAUUAUUUGCAAGAUUGAAUAUUACUUUUAGUUUAAAAGAAAUCGAUCACAGAAAUAAAAGAAGCAUAUCUCAUUCUGGUUUAAUCAUCAACUUUAUCCAAUAUGCAAGUAUCAGUAGAAUUCAUUUUUACCAAUCUGAGGAAUCUUCCUUACAUUGCAGGGUACAGUUCCAUGCUAACAACUUCUUAACAUUUCUUGAGUGUCUAUUACAAAAAAACCUCAAUGCUUUCAUACUCUUAAAUGAUACGCCACCUCCCUUUUCUGCAUAAACCUCUUUAUUUAUCCUUAUUUUACCCACAUAUAAAGACCCUUUUGUACUUUUCUCUGUUAGCAACUUUUUUUUUUGUGAAGCUUUAUAGAUGGAUUAACAUCAGUAAAUCAGUAUGGUACCCUGCAAUUAAUCCUUUAUGAACUGACUUUUACUUAGUUAACCUUGAAGCGCAACAUAAUACAAAACAACACAGACUUUUAAAUUUAAUUUCUUUAUUAUUUUGUGCAGCAGCAUCACAGAACAGAGAAUGGUGUUAUCUCAAUUUUCACUUUCCUUUUCUUUCUCAACCAACUUCUGAAAAACUGAACCUUUUAACUGAUCACCUUGUUGUAGCUGUACCAUCUCUGCGCCUUGAAUUAACCAAAAGAAACUGAAGCAAUUUCCAUUAGUAUUAGAAAAUUUCAAUCAACUGGAAAUCUACCAUUAAAGUCAGUAAGUAACACAAGGCAUGCAUUUGUCUGUCCCUUUCCCCAUAUUCUCUUUGACAUAAAAAAUCAUGUUAAAAUUCAACACCAUCAUCCUUUAUAAUAAAUACUCCAACAUCUUUUAUAAUGAAGGUUUAAUCCAUUCUUUUGUAGCCAUCGCUGUCCUUAACAGCAUCAUCUUCCUCAAGAAAACUUUUCAGUAAAAAACAUCAGACAACUUCCUUAAUUUCUUCUGGAUUCACGCUCCAUCUCCCAUUUAUUUCCAGCCCAUAAUUAUUCCUCAUUUGCAUAUUUAUGCUAGUAAUAAGAAUAAUGCAGUGUUCUCCAUCAUCGCCGACUUCCAACCACUUUAUUUUGUUUUUGGCCUAAUCACGCAUUGAAUUUAUUAGACACAAAACUCAGUUUAGCUACCUCAUUUAUUAAUUAAAAGGGUCCGUUUGAGUUUUCAAUUUUGAUAGAAUUGAUUUCUCUGUAACAUUUAUUUUGAGAAAUGAAUUGAUGAGACAUGAUUUUAUUAUU